CCGGAUGAGGGCCUCGUCGGUGGAGAUGUGCAGAGGCGGGGCAGCGUGGCUGGGGCGGAUGUAGGUUGGCAGAGACGGGGCAGAGAUGGACUUUCGCUUUUCUGUCUCCAAGCUGAGCGUGGAUCUCUUCCUCUUCUUGACAUCGGCACCCGCUUCCAAUCCGUGUGACUUGUCCGGGGAUGAUCCUGCUGGGACAGGGCCUGCUGCUGCUGCUGCUGAUGGAACGAUCGGCACCGGGACCGGAGAGGGAAGGGUGAUAGCGGGUGUGGAUGAGGCAGAGAUCGGUCCCGUGCUCGUUGGGCUCGCAGCCGACACAUCGAUCUUGAGCUUCUUCUUCGCCGGGGGAUCGUCACUCUCAUCGCCCGGGCGUUUCUUGCAUCGGCGCUGUCGUGUGCCCGGAUUCUUGUCGGGGCCACGGCGUUUGGGCGCAGAAUCAUAGAUGCAUUUGUCCGAGCGUCGUCCACAGUUCGAACAAUGUGGGCGCCCAGAGUCGCAUCGGAUCUUCCGCAAUCGACUGCCCAGGCGACGAUCAGUUAAUCAGGCACACCCGAAGAAGCCCAUGGACGAGGGAGACUCACCAUUGCUGGCACGCGAUGACCGCAGAGGUCGUUGUCCGCCGCGAUGGCUUGCCCGUCGCCGUCGUCUUCCCCUUCUUCCCCGAUGGGGACGCACUUUCAUCCGCCGUGCCGGUGGAGUCGUCACCCAGCUCGUCCAUCUCAGCAUCCUUCGCCUCCUUCUCGACCGCCUUCGUCUUGCCCUUGCCCUUCGCUUGGCGCUUGGCCUUGGGCUUCGCUGUGUCCGGGGGCGCGCCGGCCCCGUCGACCGCCAUCGCAUCUACACUCGAGACGUCCUCCGCCACGCCGUCCCGCUCGGACGGCUCGCUGCUGUCCAUGGUGGCGGAUCGACCCGGCUUGUCGAAGAGGGGGAUGUAGCUGACCUCGGGCAGAGGCUGUUCGUGGGGCGAUAUCGACCCAGCGUGAAGUCCGUAUGAGUGGUCCUGCUGCUGCUGCUGCUCGUGGUGCGGUGAAUACGGAUGGGAGUGGGAGUGGGAGUGCAGAUGAAGUCGAUGCUGAUCCUGGUGCUGCGGCGGCGAGUAGCCCGAGCCGGUGCCGGCGAAAUCUGUGCAACGAGGUCGGAAGUUUUCCUGUGAGCUCACGCCCGAGAAAGAGCCCAACAGCCUCCGGGCAAGCAGCCACGGUUGUGUGGAAGGGAAGGGAGCGGAAACUGUACUUACAUGGGAUAUUGCCUCCGAUGUUUCCAUACAAUGCAGAGAUCGUUU